ACGAGCGACUGCAUCCAAGGAGAUAAAUCUGCCAUACACAGCCCAGACCACGAUCAUAAACCCCUUCAUCCCGACGUCGAUAUUCUCUGCAACUCAGCCAAUCCAGACAAUCCCAUCGUCGUGAUCGUCGGCUUUCUACCGCUUGCCGAGCCACACCUCACUGUCGUCGUGGACGUCAACCUUCUCGCGUUUGCCGAGCCAUACCUCGCUAUCGUCGUGGACGUCAACUUUCUCCCGCUUGCCGAGCCACACCUCGCUAUCGUCGUGAACGUCGACCUUCUCCCGCUUGCCGAGCCAUACCUCGCUAUCGUCGUGGACGUCAACUUUCUCCCGCUUGCCGAGCCAUACCUCGCUAUCGUCGUGAACGUCGACCUUCUCCCGCUUGCCGAGCCAUAUCUCGCUAUCGUCGUGAACGUCGACCUUCUCGCGUUUGCCGAGCCAUACCUCACUGUCAUCGUGAACGUCAACUUUCUCGCGUUUGCCGAGCCACACCUCGCUAUCGUCGUGAACGUCAACUUUCUCUGGGAUGGCUUCACGGCGCUGCACGCCCACAUUGGCUCCUGGAACAAUGGUUAG